AUGGCCACUGUGAAAUCCACUUCCAGCGCCCCAAAAGGCAACGCUUUCGUUGGAACCGAAGGGAUUUAUAACCUCCCUCACCACCAACGGGAGAUCGAUCGUCUGCAACGGCAGCACAACUUAAUUCUGUCGUCUACAGGAGGUCUUCUCCUGAGCACGCCGCUGGAGAGCAAUGCAACCCUGAGGAUUCUGGAUGCUGGUGCAGCGGACGGUAAGUGGAAAGGAGAGAGCCCAUAUAUCCUCGAUAGAAUUGCGUUGAUCGAUGAGUCUGGAGCAGGAACCUGGCUUCGUUCUCUAACAGAGCACUAUCCCAAUCAGAAAUGGUCCCUUCAUGGCAUCGACAUUGGCUCCGCGCUUUUCCCGCCCCCAUCUGCCGAUGGACCGAUUGUGGAUCUUCAGAAACAUGAUGUCCGCGAGCCAAUUCCAGAGCAUCUGCACCUACCAGAGACCUUCGACAUCAUUCAUCAACGAUAUCUUAUAUGGGGCCUGAAAAGCGCGGAAUGGUCACAGGCCUUGGGAAACUUGCGUUCAGUGUUGAAGCCUGGAGGCUGGAUUCAGCUCGUAGAAGCCCAAUGGGUAGAUCGUGACGCACCAUUUGACCCUGUUGAGUUCCCUAACCUCGCUAAGAUGUCGGAAAUGCAAAAGUGGAGUACUGAUGCUUUCGGAAUGAAUGCCUAUAUUGCUUAUGAGCUGGAGGAAUUGCUGCGACACUCUGGGUUCGUGAACAUCACCAAGACCUCGUUCGCUAUAGGGUAUGGUGCAGUAGCUAGAGAGGAGCAGUGGAAAGUGACCUCUGCUUAUUUAUUGGUGGAAGGAUACCGCAGCCUCGGGCAUAAGAUGCCUCCUGGUGGUAUUCCUGGGGUGGCGAGGACUCCGGCUGAGUUCGAUGCUUUCUUGGACGAUUUGCGGGACGAGGUGUUAAGACAUGGAUAUGCGCCUCAGCUGAACAUUGUCAUUGGGCAGAAGCCUCGGAACCAGCUUAGCCACCUCUGA